AUGUGGGGACGUGCGUUGCGACCGACUUUCGUGUGCGGUGGCGCCUCAACAGCGCAUGCGCCUCUUCUGAAAUUGGACCGCGCGCAUAUCCCAGGUCUGCGGCAUGUGGUGGGUCAGGGGCUAGCCGAUAAGCCGUCGCUUUCAUGGACGGUGAGCGACGGUGGUGCGAGAGAAUGCUGGGCCAUUGUAGCGCCCUCUGCCGACCAAGGUGGACAGGCACGCCAGGCGCUUCGCGAUGUAUGUACACGAAUACUAAUGAAGAUUCUUCUGGGACGCCAGCGUCCACGUCUCGCCGAUAAUCUGGCGAUGCAGCAUGCAUCUGUCUUUGCGUCGCUUCCCUUGCGUUCGAUCGCGCACGUCUCCUUUGAGACUCGGCACCCGGGCUCUGGUGACUUUGUGGACUAUGCUACUAGAUAUGGCUCGAUCCGGGGCACUGACCGCGUGACACUGUUUGAGCACCUGAUGGAGUCAUGCGGUAUUUACACGGGUGCAAUUGCACGGCAGCAUAUGCGUCCGGACCCUCUGGCAUGUUCGCAGGACGACACGGGACUGCUCAAGUGGGAGUCGCAGUCUGUGCAAGAGAAAGUUGUGCAAGAGGCACGCCUUGUACGAGAGCGCAUUCAUGCCAAGGCACCUCUACUAGGCCUUGAGGCACUACUUACGCGACCUGUGAUCGCACUGAGUAAUGGGCAAACCCGACGUGCGCGUAUCCUCCAAGCGCUGCUAGCGGGUGCCAAGUGUGUUGUGAUGGAGGAGCCAUUCACGGGUCUCGAUCCGCCAACGCGCCAGGACGUGUCGGGUCUUUUCGCGUCGCUGCAUGCACAGCGUGCGCCACGCCUGCUGCUCUUCCUGCGUGAGCAGGAUCCCAUUCCCGACUUUGUAACACAUGUUCUGCGUAUAAAUGAGCCUGGCGAUGUGACGCAGCUUGGUCCCAAGUCGGAGGCGGCGCCGGCCUCUACGGCCAGCUAUCCGCCGGGAGGCUAUGCUGUGGUAAAGGGCAAUGCAAGUCGUGGCCGUGGCUUAGGCGAUCAGAGCCAGCAUCCUAUCAUAUCGAUGCGAGAUGUCUCGCUCUCUUACGGCUCGGCAGACGUUCUGCAGCACGUAUCACUGGACUUGUGGCCUGGCUCACGUAUGGUUCUUGUGGGCGACAAUGGUAGUGGCAAGACUACACUGUUGUCGUUGCUCCUCGGUGAUCACCCGCGCUCGUUUGCCAUCCCGCAGAGCCAGCUGAGUCUGUUUGGGCGGGCGCGUGAUGCGCCACAGAAUGCCCAUAUAUUACUACAAAAGCGCAUGGGCCAUCUUUCGCCUGAGCUCUACAAUGCGUUUCCGCGGAAGAAUCUUGAGGCGGGCGGCCUCACUGUGGCUGAUGCCGUAUCGAGUGGCUUUGAUGGUAUUUUUACAUACCGCCGACGCAGUGAGGCGCAGAUGGCCCGUGUGUACCAGUUACUUGGGCUUUUUGCAUCAGAGCUAGUGAGCCAGUCGCCAAGUCGAUCAGCGACGAGCAUCGAGAGGCUGGCCGACACGCCCCUGACUGACCUGACUCAUGGAUCACAGGCGCUCGUGCUACUCCUACGCGCAAUUGUCCACCGGCCUGCGCUCCUAGUCCUCGACGAGCCAUUCCAAGGGAUGAGCUCGCGACAGCUGGCCAAGGCACGUGCGUUUUUAGAUGUCACCGAUGAUCGCUGGGUGUACGAUGGCAUGCCGGCGGAAGAGCAGGCGCUGGAUCGCACGUGGCGCCAGCAGCUGGCCCUCGUGAUUGUAAGUCACUACGAAGCCGAGUGGCCGCUUUCAUGCGGGCGCCUACUGCGCCUAUCGGCAGGUCAAGUCAUGGAGCAGUGGUAA